AUGCAAGCCGACAUCUUGCAGAAGGACACGACGUUUACGAAGAUUUUCGUCGGUGGUCUGCCUUACCAUACCACCGACAAAAGUCUUCGGCAGUUCUUCGAGGUCUUCGGAGACAUCGAAGAAGCGGUCGUCAUCACCGAUCGGCAGACGGGCAAAUCGAGAGGCUACGGAUUCGUGACCAUGGCUGAUCGCGAAGCCGCGGAGCGAGCUGUUAAGGAACCCAACCCCAUUAUCGACGGAAGAAAGGCGAACGUUAAUCUCGCUUAUCUCGGAGCUAAGCCGCGAGCAAGCGUUCAACAGCUGAAUGCCUCACCCAUUUCAGGCCUCAUCACAGACUUGUUCACCGGCUUCCCCAUAUGUCCAACAACAGCUGCCUUGCGUGCGGCCUCUGCAUAUCCAGCAGCCCUAUUGCAGGCAGCAGCAGCAGCUCAACAGUACAACACAGCCGCCGGGGUCAAUCCAUACUUGUACCAGCCCUAUCUAGCUGCAGCAGCUGCCGCGAACCCCGCCGCCGGGUUGACUCCGGCUCAAGCCGCGGCCUUGCUCCAGACACCCCCAGCGGUUCCGACAGCGCCUCCUCAAAACGCCGCGGCGACAGCGGCCCAAGCGACCUCUGCGAACGCUCUCGCAGCCGCCGCUGCUGCCCAGCCGUCUUCGUACUACGACUACCAAGCGCAAAUGACGAACGCUGAGGGAUACUUGCCUUACUACUAUCUGAACCUACCGUACGCUGCGACCGCUGCGAGUCAGGAUCGAAUCUAA